AUGCGUCCUCGACGUCCAGGUGACCACAAUUUAUCACAAGAUGGCUAUGGAGGAAACAAAGAGAAGGGGAGACGAAGGGAUGAUUCGGUUGGAUUUUGGAGUGACGAAUUAAACGCUACGAGAUCGCAUGUUUGUAAACAUUGGGCACUUGAUACUCUUGCUUUCUCCACAUUUAUCCUAGCGGUCAUUAGUCUAUACUGGGCAAUGCUCUUCCGAGCUGAGGACAAGCUCUCGUCGCUGGUCGUAUAUAUCGUCGAUUUCGAUAGCCUAGUUGCACCAUAUAUAAACAUCAACCCCAUCGUGGGCCCCAGCAUUGUCGCUACCGCCAAGUCUUUGAUCGCACCGACUGGCGCCCUAGGAUGGCGUUCGCUGCCUGCCUCACAGUUCAACUUCGAUCCCACGGCAAUCCGCCAGGCCGUAUACGAUGAUAAGGCAUGGGCGGCAGUCAUCAUCAAUGCAAAUGCAACUGCUAUACUCGAGGAUGCCGUAGCAAGCGGAAAUGUAAGCUAUGACCCUAUGGGAUCUGCUCAAAUUAUCUACGUCGGAGCUCGAGAUCGGAAUGUUGCCAGCAACUACCUCCAGCCUCAUCUACAAAACCUCCAGGCCACGGCUACUUCGACAUUCAGUCAGACGUGGACACGCCAGGUCCUUUCACGAGCAAGUUCCAAUUCCACAAUUCUCAACAACAUCCAGACUGCACCACAAACCAUGUGGCCAGCAAUAGGAUUCUCGACCUUCAAUCUCCGACCUUUCUCACCCAGGGUAGCCACGCCAGCAUUGUCCAUAGGCCUUCUUUAUCUAAUCAUCAUCUCCUUCAUGGCCCCUAAUUUCUACAUCCCAAAACAGAUGAGGUUCAUCGGCCCGGGCCAUCGACGGCUCUAUUUCUACCAGCUCGUCAUAUUUCGCUGGUUAUCGACCGUAGCAGGAUAUCUAUUCCUCUCCCUCUCCUACUCGCUCAUCUCGCUAGCCUUCCAAAUCCCCUUCAGCACCCCAUCAGCCCCAGAUACCGUGCCAUCAAAUUCCGCAACAGCAUACCAUUACGGGAGUUUUCCUGUAUACUGGAUGCUUAAUUUCGUCGGCAUGACGGCUUUCGGGCUGGCUUGUGAGAAUGUGGUUAUGGUUGUUGGACAGCCUUGGACGGAUCUUUGGCUUAUCUUCUGGCUGGUUACAAAUGCCGCGACUUCGUUCUAUUCCAUCACGCUUGCGCCGGGAUUCUUCCGCUGGGCUUAUGCAUGGCCGUUAUACAAUAUCGUCCAAGCUACUCGGACCAUCCUCUUCGAUUUGCACUCUAAAAUAGGACUCAACUUUGGGGUCCUUUUUGCUUGGGUUGCUGUUGAUACGGCGCUGUUCCCUUUCUGCUGCUAUGUCUUGCGGCGGAAGACUUUACGGAAGAGGAGGAAGGAUUCGGGACAGCGGAGUGAUAGGCGUGGGGAGAUGGACGAUGAAGUAGUGAGGGCGGUGUCAGAUAAUGAGAUUGACUAG